CUGCACUACAUCAGAACACACAGCACUCAUCUUUCUCUUUCUCUUUCUCUCUCUAAAAAAUAUAUAUAUAUAUAUAUAUUUUCUUUAAUUGAUUGAUUUCUUUUUUCUGCUUCUUUCUAUCUUGCAAAAUAUAUACAAUACAAACACCCACAAAGAAGAAAGAAAAAUGGCACAAACAACUCAUCAUCAUCAGAAAAACAAAGAAAGAGUCCACACACACCACCCAUCCUCUCUGUCUCUUCAAUGGCCCAGUUGGACCAAAAUUUAUGUAAAAAAGAGAGUCUUGAAAGAUAGAGAGAGAAAGAGAAAGAGAAAUCAUCAGUGAGAUAGAUAGAGAGAGAAAGAGAGGGGAGAUGUCUUCAAACUCCAACCAAACCCACCUCACACAUACACAUACACACACACGCACAAAAACAAAAUUCACAUACAGACCAAUUAAUUAUGGUUGUUCCACAAAUACCCUUCUGCAACCCCCCAAAAAUCUCCAUCUUCAUCACUCCAUUGUCUACCAAACGAACCGAUAUAUGUGGGCUUUUUGGGGCUUUGUCUUUGGUCAGAGUUUCAUCACCAACAACAGAGAAAACAGGAAAAGCAAGAACCUUCUCACCCCCACACCCACACACAUACACAUACACACACCCAUUCAUCUUUCUUUCUUUCUUUAAACUCUUUCUUCCCCACACCUCGCUUUCUAUCUCUCUCUCUCUCUCUCAUCUUCGUAUUUCCUUCUUCACUUUCUCUCUCUCUCUUCUUUUAUCGAAUUAAGAUUUUUUUUCAACAAAGUUGAGAUCUGAUGAGUAAGAAGAUGAAAGGGGUUGCUUUUGAUUCAUCUCCUCAUGCGUCUUAUGAGGACGCUCGAGCAAGAUUUAAGCAUCAAACCCUUCUCCAAGAUUACCGGGAGUUGGAACAGGAAACAGAGGCUGCAAGAAACAAAUUGGAGGCCAUGAAGCAAAAGAAACAAACUUUAGAAGCCGAAGUUAGAUUCUUGAGGAGAAGACACAAAUUUCUAUUGAAAUCCAAGUCUACUACAACUUCACAACAAGUGAAAACACAUAAUUUAGAAACAACCCAAUUCAGAAAAAGCAAGAAGGAAAACGUCCACCCCAAAAAGGCGAAAACUUUACACAAUUUGCCCCCGAUUCACAACCUAAAUCAAAGGGGAAGAGUGUAUACAGAGAAGAAAAACGUUAAUCCAAGUCGACCACCUCAUGGGGAUAAAAAUGUAAAUUUGCAUAGUGUCAACUUGUCUCCGGCGACUGAAUUCAAUCGGAAAGAGAACGGUUUUGGUGGUAAAGAAGCUCGGGUUCCUAUAUUUGACUUGAACCAAAUAUCCAUUGAAGAAGAAGAAGAGGAACACAAUGACUUAAAGCUAUCGAUUUGUAGAAAUGUUGGGGAUGCUUCAUCAAAUAGAGCAGGAAAGAGGAAGAUCUCAUGGCAAGAUCCUGUGGCUUUAAGAGUAUGACUAAAGGUUAAUUAUAGAUUGGGUUAGGGGUAAUUUUUAUAAAGCCAAGACUUUGAUUUUGACUUGGUAUUCGAUUGUGGUUUAUGGUUUAAAAAAGAAAAGAACAUUAUGUAAAGAAAAGGUUUGUGGGAUUAGUGGGUUUUCUUUUUUUAAUUUUUAAUUUUGACAUGGAAAACAAUAUGAAGGAUGAAGAAAUCAUUGUUAAUGUAUAUCUUGAUAAAUGAUAAAUCCUGUGUUUGUUGACACAAUGACACCUCUUUGGCUGAGUAAACAAGGUAUAUAAUCUUUUGGAAGAUUUUGAUUUUAGGUUAAGGUUUUGUUUGUUUAUGGUGUUUUUUUCCUACUUUUUGGAUUGUAGAUUUGGUUAUAUGGUUUGUUUCUGUUAUUAACGUGUAAGAAAGCAACCCAUAAGGCAACAACCAUGUUAUUUCAUCUUGGUGGAACACGUCGAUUUGUAGGAUAGCAAUUUGUUGGG